GGCAGGCAGUAGGAGGUCGAGCUGCUGCUACGUGGGGCUCACCUGUUGGCGAGGCCGCCACUGCUCUCUCCUUCCUUCCCCCCUCCUCCUCCACGUCCACACCCCUAACCCCCCGUCUGCUCCGCUACUGGGGCUGCCGCCAUGGCGGAGACCGAGGAGAGAAGCCUCGAUGACUUCUUCGCCAAGCGGGACAAGAAGAAGCGGAAGGAGAAGAGUAACCGAGGGGCCGCCGCCUCUAACGCCGCUUCUAACGCCGCCUCUAACACCGCGGGGGCGGCCGCGGCAGCUGGAGGAACCCGCCUGACUGACGGCAGUGUCUCCGGGGCCGUGGCCUCUAACGCUGAUUCCUGCAAGACGGUGACCAAGGAAGAGGAUGAUUGGAAGGAAUUUGAGCAAAAGGAAGAAAUUGAUUAUAGUGGUCUUAGAGUUCAGUCCAUGCAAAUAAGUGAGAAAGAAGACGAUGAAAGUGAAAAAACAGAGGAAACCGGUGACAACUGGGAGGAGACUGCUGGUAGUGUAGACAGAUCAUCUGGUCCUUGGAACAAGUCGGCUCCUGCACCAGCACCUGUGGUUGAACCAAUUGUCACGGAGGCCCCGGAGCCAGUGCAGAGCGGGGGCGUGUACCGGCCGCCCGGCGCCAGGGAGGGCGGCAGGCCGCGGCGAGCACAGCAGGGCCCGCCCGAGAUCUACAGCGACACGCAGUUCCCCUCGCUGCAGUCCACCGCCAAGCUCGUCGACAGCCGCAAAUACUGAGCCUUCGUAAAGGUUGACUACCUCAGACUUGCUGCACUCAUUGUGGACACCAUGUGGAUCACAACUUCUGGAAGAGAAGGUUACAGCUGUUUUAGUGGCCAUCUGAAACUUGAAACCAGCUCUACUGGAUUCCUGUCAGAAAUCCUGCAGAAGUCAGCCAUUUGGUUCCAAUUUGCUAUAACAAAGAUUUAAGUGACCUUAAUGACAAACCUGUUCUGUUCCCCUCCUGAGGAAUCCUGCCCUGUGUAGCCAUAGCCUGCUAGAGGCUUCUGGAGCUGCCCAAGUACCACACAGCUAUAGCUUGUUUACCUUCUUAGAUAGCUGUACUGAAGUAACUGCAACACCAAUUAAAACUCAUCCAGUACCAGAUUGGAGAAAUAAUGGCUUGGAGUGCUCUCUUUGCUUUAGCCAUUUCCACAGUUGGCUGUUUCAGCUGCUUUGUUUUCUUACUAUCCACACAAAAAACUGCCUGCCUGGUUUCUGGUAUCCAGUUGCAGUCUAUUUAAAUAAUGGUGAGACCUUCGACUGAAGCAGUUUCUUUGGGGGCUUGUCAUGAGUCUUUCUCACCUGAAAGCACUAAGGCUUGAGUUUCCAUUAUCCAGGCUCCAACCACAGUCCUUAGAAUUUGUCUUUUCCAAAGGAGGUGUGGCUGUAGUGAUAAUGGAUAAGAUGUUGUCUAUUGAACACCAGUUACUUGUUGCAGGGUAAUGGGUACUUGAUAACCAAAAUACAACCAGAGGGAUAGCUAGAGCUGGUAAAGCCUUACUUGUUUGGCUCUUCUGUGAAGCAUGCAGGUUUUUUGAGUCAGAAAUCCUGUAAAUCAAACUCCUGUGGUGUUUAUUCACCAAGUCAGGAAGUUCAGUAGUAUUGGAAAGCAGUGGCUUCUUAUGUUGUCAUCUUUGACUGAAUCUAGUGGAAGCAGGCAAAGUGGUGUAAGUCUGAUUUGAUGAACAUCUGUCAAGUACCAAAUGUGUCCUGCUGUAACCGUUUUUCUCUUCUCAGACCAGAAGUCAAAUGAAGUACAACAGUGGCAUACUCCCGUGUUGAGAUUUUUCAGAGUAAAUGCCAAAAAAAUAGCCUGAAAAUUUGUAAGAGUUGCCAAUGGCAAGAGACAAGGGAACAAAACAAAGCUUGCUUAGGUGUGCGUGCAGGUGGUGAGGGUAGUGCAGGGCUCCCUUUGACUAACUGCUGAUCACUUUAAUCUUCUUCUCUGAGGCCAAUGGGAAUUUUGCUGUUGACUUCAGUGGGGCUGGGCUUUUACCUGGUUCUCCUGUGCACAGACUAAAACCGGCCUUGUCCUUGCAGAGUUAACUGUCCCUAAAACCUCUGCUAGAAGCUGCUAUUAAAGAGAGGGCUUGAGACUCUCUUCCAUUUGCAAACAAAUCCCACUGAACAGACUGAUGCAAACACCCAGGACUGAGCCACAUAUCUUCCUUGCAAAUGCGUUGUUGCCAGCAGAACUGAUGUGUCACUAAAGAUUUCUGUGGAAUUGAUGGGGAGUGGAGAUGUUGAUUGAUGUGGUGGAAAUGUGAAAAUGCUUUUCCUGAUCCUCUGAAGUGCUUUCAGCAAUGCAGCUGAAGCCAGUUCUGCUGCAGGAAGGGGAGAUGGGGCUGGCUGUUGAGCUGUCUUUUACUGGAGGUUUUGGGCAUGGAUUCUGGCAGUUCAAGAAAACCUUGUAACAGUUUCAAAUCAAAUAAAAUGGACAUACACCAUGGCUCUGGAGUCU